UGGUGUGUGAGUGUUUCUCAGCAGCUGUGCGCCCUUCCCCGUUUAUUUCAUUAUCAGCUGACAGAGAGGAAUUCACAUGUACGUCCUCUCAGCACUGAUUCAACAUGUGAACCGGCGGGAUGAUGCUGUGAACAAACAGGACUCACACUGUAGCUGACUGCUGAUAUGAAACGCAUGGAUUAUGGAUCGAAUAUGGAUGUGUUGCCAAAUCCUACUUUAUCUUAGUGUUUGCGUGAAUCCAUCGAUGCAUGAGGGCGACGAAGCUUCUUGUGAUGGAGCGUUUGAUAUUUAUUUUGUUUUGGACAGGUCAGGCAGUGUGUGGGGACACUGGGAUGACAUCUAUGGAUUUGUGGAGAAGCUCACCAACAGGUUUGUCAGUCCCAGGAUGAAGGUCUCCUACAUAGUCUUUUCAGCCAGAGCAGUUGUAAUACUGCCACUAACUGGAGACAGGUCGAAGAUAGACGAGGGUUUGAAUAAGCUGAGCCAAAUCAAACCUUCUGGUGAAACGUACAUGCAUGAAGGCAUGGCAGCGGUGUUAGAACAGAUGAAGACACAAACUUCACCAUCAUCCACCAUCAUCAUCGCUCUGACUGAUGGCAAGCUGGACGUCUACCCCUUUGAACUGACUGUACAAGAGGCUGACAAAGCCAGAGGGUUUGGAGCCAGAGUUUACUGUGUCGGGGUCAUGGACUUUGACCACAAUCAGCUUGCUGAAAUAGCAGACGGCACAGAACAAGUCUUCCCAGUGCUGUCCGGGUUUCAUGCACUCAAAGACAUCGUCAACUCGAUCUUGAAGCAGUCAUGCAUAGACGCAUUCACAAUAGAGCCGACGAGUGUUUGCGUGAAUGAGUCUUUCAGUGUGGUGCUGAGGGGUACUGGCUUCAGUGGAUCCAAGAGGACGGACAACAUACUCUGCUCCCUCACUGUUAAUCAAAAGUCAUACAACCAGAAGCCAACAGUAGUUAGCGACGGCCAUCUGCUGUGUCCAGCUCCUGCUCUGCACGAGGUUGGGCAAUCAAUUGAAGUGCUAGUCAGUCUGAAUAAUGGACAAUCCUACAUAUCCAGUCCCAUUACCAUCUAUGCCACAGCAUGUUCAGAUGGGACCUGGGUGCUCUGGUUGCUGUUGGCUCUGUUGCUGUUAGUGGCUCUGGUUUUACUCUGGUGGUUCUGGCCUCUCUGCUGCACUGUGGUGAUCAGAGACCCACCCCCCUCUCGCCCACCUCCUCCACCUCCUGUCAUUGAUCCAGAAGAAGAUGAUCCUUUGCCCAAACACAGGUGGCCUACAGUGGAUGCUUCAUACUAUGGAGGCAGGGGACCUGGAGGAAUCAAACGCAUGGAGGUGCGUUGGGGACAGAAGGGGUCCACAGAAGAAGGGUCACGGCUAGAGAAGGCCAAAGAUGCUGUGGUCACUAUGCCAGAGGAACUGGAGGAGCCCAUCAUACCCCGACCACCUCCACGACCUCCUCCGGUCUACAACCCCCCGUCACAGUCCAAAUGGUACACUCCCAUCAAGGGACGUUUUGAUGCGUUGCUGGCAUUACUGAGGAGACAGUAUGACAGAGUGGCAAUCAUGAGGCCGACAUCUCAAGACAAGGGCCGCUGCAUUAACUUCACCAGAGUACAGAGUCAGUGAUAUUCAAACAUGAACACUUUAUUCCAGUUUUUUUUGCCAAAGAUGAACAUUAAGAUUCAAUGUGUAUUGUAAAUAAACUUCUUACUUUUA